AUGCCCAAUCCCAGCAAGUUGCAGCGCAUCGGUGCUGCUGCGCUGUGGGCCGCGCAGCCCGCGGUGUGGCUCCUGCUUGCGCUGGGCGUGACGGCCUUCCUCCUGCUGCCCCUUGCCGCCAAGAAGUGCUACCUGGACGAAAAGGCGCUGCUGGUGGGCGGCACGGUGCCGACAGUGAGGCAGAGCGGCGCGGUGGACGCAUGCCUGGCGGCCCUCCAGCGGCUGCAGGCCGGCGGCAGCGCAACCGACUUCCCCCAGCUUGUGCGCACCGCUGCCGCUGCCAUGGCUUCCUUUGCAUCCGCCCUAGAGUUCUACCAACACAACUUCAGCGCCAGCAGCCUGGGGGAUGGCCCUGGCGGCGCCGACAGCAGCAGCGGCAGCGCCCCGCGGCAGUGCCGCAGCAUGCAUGCAGUGGUGCGCACGCCGCGGGGCGACGGCAACGAGGGCUAUGUGCUGAUGCUGCCGCUCGAUGCCAGCAGGCCGGCGGCGGCCGCGCUGGCUGCCGCUGCCGGCGUGGCAGCGUUGGGGCACUUGCGGAGCAGUCGCUGGCUGGCCAAGGAUGCGGUGCUGCUCUUUGCUGACACACAAGCCUGCGGGGCGGAGGAGAGUGCACAGGCAUGGCUGGCCGCCUACAACGGCGCCCACGACCUGUUUGGCUUCCCGCGGGCGGGCCUGUUGCAGCAGGCGCUGGUGCUGGAGCUUGCGGGCCCGGCAGGUGGUAGCGGCGGCGGCGGCGGCGCAGACAGCGGCGCCAGCUCAGCAGAGCUCAGCGUGCACGGCGGCGGCAGCCUGCUGCCCAACCUUGACCUCUAUUACCUCGUCAAAAGGAACCUGGAGCUGCACACCACGCUGCCUGUGGGCCUGCGGGCCUCCGCAGCGACGCCGCCGGCCGCGACGUGGCACGCAGGCGCCGCCCUGGCCGCCGCCGCCGGCUGGCUGGGCCUGGCGCCGCCGCCCGGGACGCAGCGGUACGCUUCAGACCUGCAGACCCUGGCCGCCUUUGCCGGGCAGCUGGCCCGCGGGGAGCCCACCGGCGCCCACGCCGCCUUCCUGGCACACCAAGUGGACGCCGCGACGCUGACGCUGCGCUUUGCUGCGGCCGCCGAACCGCCAGCCGGCCGCGGCGGCGGCGCCAAGGCCGCGCAGCGCGCGCAGCUGGCGGCCCACACCACCCUGACGGCAAUGGAGAUGGUGCUGCGGACCUUCAACAACCUCCAGGAGCGGCUGCACCACUCCACCGCCCUCUAUGCGCUGGUGUCGCCCACCCGCUUCGUCAGCAUAGCGGCCUACCUGGCGCCCCCUGCGUGCCUCCUGCUGGCAGCCCUGGCACAGGUGCGCGGUGUUUGGGUGGCGGGUGUGUCUGGGGUGUAUCGCUGGAGGGCGGCGCAGUGUCGAUGCCACUGCGGCAGGGCAGGCCCACGGCGCCUGCCCGCCCCAGAUACUUUAGCCGGCCUGACGCAGGCGGUGUGCCUUGCUCGCCUGUUGCAGCUGAUCGUGGCCAGCCGGGCAGCAGCAGCAGCAGGAGCAGCAGCAGCAGGAGGAGGAGGAGCCGUGCGAUCGGCGGCCUGGCAUGCGGCGUGGCGGCGCGUGGCUGCCUGCCAUGCUGUGUCGGUGGCUGUGGGCGCAGUCGGUGCGCAUGCCGCCGGCGGCGGUUUGCAGCCUGAUGGCGGCCUGGCAUGGCUUGGCCAGCAGCUGCUGUGGGCUGCAGCCGUCGGCCUGGUGGCAGCGCAGGGUCCCCGGGCCAUGCUGGCAGCUCUGUAUCCCAAUGGCAGCGAGGGCGGUGGCGGCGACGGCGUAGUGGCGGCAGGCGGGCAGGUGCAGCUGUGCGUGGCGGCUGUGGGGCUGGCGGCGGUGGUGCUGCGGGGCGCCCACCUGCUGAUGGGGCAGUGGCGCUGCACCCAUCCAAUUGGAGGCCGAGCGUGGUAUCAUCUCCCGCGCCCCCGCGCUAGGACGCUGCGCGAAGCCCAUCAUUCUGUGAUCGCGAUUCCCACAAUCAUGCGUAGGGCCGCUGGCGCCCUGCUGUGCGCAUGCCUCCUGGCGCUGGCCGCGGGACGCUGCUCCGCCAAUCCCCGCACGAGACCCGCAUCUUCCCCUGCUGCAGUGGGCCAUGGGCGCCAGCUUACGGCCACCGACCCUUACGCCCCCAAAACAUGCCCCACAAACAUGGUGUACGAAAACAUUUACGACGCGGCUUACUGCAUGAAGCUGACCACAACCGUCCUAGCCAUCAACGCCGCCGGCAUGAUUGACCUCUUCACCAACGCCAAGCUGCAAGUCACCUUCUUUGCGAUGGACAACGAGGCCUGGACCACCCUGGGCAAGACGAUGGACCCGCCGCUGACCGUGCAGCAGAUCCUGCAGAACCAGGGCCUGACGGUGCAGAUCAUGCAGGCUCACAUGGUGGAUUUCCCCUUCACCACCUCUUACUGGCCCGCCACGGGCACCAAGACCGUCAACGCCGUGCUGGCGGGGCGCAAGCUGACGCUCAAGACGGACGAGGACGGCAACUUCGAUGUGUAUGGGUUUAUGAAUGUGGCAGAGCGUGCCCAAGAUCAACCUUAA